CAACGACCAAAAUCGACAGUUCGUUUUCUUGGCGACUAGAGAAGACGACAUGAACAUUAUGAUAUUUUCUGGUUGCGUUCUCAAAUCAGGCAGCCAUUUCCAGAUGGAUAACGAAAUGUACGGCGAACCUAUCAAAGCAAAAUGAUGUAACUGGCACUUUUAUCACACGAUCAACGAUCCUGCAUGUAACGCGGCAAAACAAGACAGAGAAGAGCAAAAUGAUGUUUGCCGGUGUUAUUGCGGGAUUGUUGGCCAUUGCCAGCUACGUUGCCGCCAAUCCAGUGGCGCUGGAUACCUGCGACGCCAGCACCUUCGCGCCGUGCGGGAUGACCAUGCAGACGUACGCCAUGGGACCGGAAGGUCACGAUUAUUUGGCCAAGCUGCAAGCAGGAAUGGAUGUGACGGAGCCGCAGCUGAGAAGCCUCUGCAGAGUUACCAAGGAAGCCUUAGCCUGUGUGAAAAUCGCCCUCGGUCAGUGCGUUCCGCGUGAUGUAACCGAUUUUCACGAAUUCACUGCCACUGUGGUACGACUGAUGGAUGUCUGUGACCGUCCGGAUCUUUACAGCAAAUUCAACACCUUGAUGCAGUGCGGCAAGACACUCAACCAGACCAGUGGCUCCAAAGCACGCGCUUGCGGCACUCUUUCGUUUCGCCUGGGUUUGGAGAAAGAGGAUAAUUGGGCUGGAUGGCGCAACGGGAAAAUUUUUAAGCAAAUAUGCUGUAGUAUCAAAUCCCAUAAAACCUGCACUGGAACGGAAGUGGCUGACAAGUGCGGACGUGAGACCCAACAAAUUUCUGAUGAGCAAACUCAUGCCAUCGAGGAGGCCUUCAAAUGCAACGGUCCCCGUGGACAAAACUGUCCGCUCCUGCCACCGCCCUCUGCGGACGACGAAAAGCCGUUCCCCGUACCCAGCAUGGCCAAUAUGUUGGCAUACAGAUACUGGUCAUAGUAAUUGAUGAUAACGAUGAAAACCUCAGAAAUAGGAUAAUGGCAACGUGACUGUUUAUAUGCUAUAUAUACACAUGUAUAUAAGUAUUAACAGAAAACCUGAUAACAAAUUUAGAAGUUUAAGUUUAACGUUUCAGUUCGACUCAGCAGGUCAAACUGUA